CCUCACGUGAUUGCAGCUAUGUCGCGCGGCACCGGAAGCAGAGCUUGGAGGAGGCGGGCCCUGGCUCGGCAGGAGAGGCGGCGGCGGGGUGACGAGGGUCGGGCCGCCUGCUCUCCUUCCUCCUGGCUGCUCGUUCCCGUGUUUCCCGGCGGAGGAAGGUUCAGAGCAUGGAGAAUGAUGAACUUCCGUCAGAGGAUGGGAUGGAUUGGUGUGGGAUUAUACUUAAUAGCAAGUGCGGCAGCCUUUUACUAUGUCUUUGAAAUCAAUGAGACUUACAACAGACUAGCACUGGAGCAUAUUCAGCAACCUCCUGAAAAACUGAGAGAAGAAACGACCUGGAUGCACUCCUUAAAAACACGGCUGCUGUCCGUACCCUUUUGGCUGUGGACUAUUAUCUUCUUGAUCCCUUAUUUACAAAUGUUCCUGUUCCUUUAUUCCUGUACAAGAGCUGAUCCCAAAACAGUGGGCUACUGUAUUAUUCCAAUUUGCCUGGCUGUCGUUUGCAAUCGGCACCAAACAUUUGCGAAGGCCUCCAACCAAAUUAGCAGACUGCAGCUGAUUGACACUUAAACCCAUCUGCGUUUUCCAAUGAGCGCUUUUAGAUAACCUGAAGGAUCUUGGCUGCAUCAGUUGAACAUACAAACAGAAUGUGAAAUUCUUUUUCUCCAUGUUAACUACUGAAUAGAGCAUCAACCUAUUUUUUUUUUUGAAUAAGUUGACUUUCAGUAUGGGUGCAUUCUAUUUGGUGGAAUAACUGAGCUUUCUUUGAGACUCAAGGAUGACAUUCUUCAUAUUUGCCUUACAAUGCAGAAUUUCUACACUGCUAAAAGUUUUUGUGGAGAAAACCUAUUUCAAACUUUAUUUCACUGUGCACUCCCACCUUUUAUCUUCAAGCUUCCCUCAGGAGGAGGAUCAGUGAAAACGGACUUUUCCUUUGUUAUAAUGUGUAAAGUUUGGAAUGAUCAUAAACUGACAUUUAAGAUAUUGUGCUUUUUCCUUAAAUAAUGUUGCACUCAAUAAAACAGGGCUUCGUUCACACACAUGACUAAAAGAAAAUGA